CACGGCUUUUUCCCCAUCCUCCUCCAAGAUGGUGGCGCCCAGGUUACUCGGCAACCGGAGGCUUUGGGACGGCUCGAUGGCCUCCCUCUUCCUCCUGCAGCUCCUUCUUUCGGCGGUCGGAGCGGAGGAAGAGCCCAUCACGGCCGACUUCGAUGUCAGACCCGGCGGGAUGGUUCACUCGUAUUCGAAAACCCUGGGAGAUUAUACCUGCACUUUUACCUACGCUGCUCAGGGCGGGACCAACGAGCAAUGGCAAAUGAGUAUCGCUGUCAGUGAAGACAAUGUGCUCUUUUCGUGUUCAGUCUGGAGGCCCCAAGGGAAAUCCUACCUUUUCUUCACCCAGUUUAAAGCCGAAGUGAAAGGAGCAAAGAUCCAUUACGCCAUGGCCUACUCUGCGGCGGGUGUUGGAGGACAGGACGACAUCCCGUUGAAAGAGGAAGAAUUCUUUGCCACAGAAAGGGCAGUGGCUCACCGGGAGGGCAAGUUCCGUUCAGAACUCUCCAAGGUCCUGAUUGUAGCCGAAAAGUCCCACGAUGAGCUGUGAGCAGCCUCCAUCUUGGCUCCUGCAGCGGACAGGCCAUGGAACUUCAGGUCGCUGUUGGUGGGACCUCUUCUUUCUGGCAUCCUGAGCAGCAUCCGAGCAAGCCUUUAGAAGAACAUGUUUGGGGAAGAAACAGAAGCCACGCACGCACAUGGCCCCUUGACACCUGAACUCAAGAGCUCCUUCGACUGCAUUCUUCCGUGGCAUUGGUGGCAAGCAUGAAAUGUGUCAUAGGGGGCCAGGGAAACUAAUCAGGGACACUCUUACUGCAUUUCAGAUCUGGUGCUGCAAGAACUGAUUUCAAAGGGUCUGGGGGCAUCUGGUGACAAGGAUUUAACUGCAAGAUGUGCAGAAAGUCCAUUCCUUUGCAGGUAUUAGGGUGUAUGUGUGUAGAAUCCCCUCCAGAAAGUUUCUUCCCCCCCCCCAACCCCUUCCCCAUAUAUUGGUUGAAUGGUCACAAAAAGUCACCCUGAGGGAAAGGAGCAAUAAUAUGAAUAAAAACAAAUUUAUAUCUUCAAAAC